CGGGCAGUUUCAUUUUGGCACUGAGAGAGAUCCUACAGUGACUCAGGUAGUGAUGGAAGUGAUGGCAAUGUUGCUCUGACUGAGGAGUUUAGGAAUGAUGAUGAUGAUGAUGAUGAUGGGUUGACUGGGGGAUCCUCACACCAGCACCAUGGAAUCCAUUACUGUUCUUCACUUUGAGCCUUCCGAAGCUCCUCCUUCAGGUAUGUCCAAUAAUGGAUACCUUUUCCAAGAGAUUGCAUUACGGGAGGGUGACCCAGACAAUGAGUGUGAGAGCCGAGAAGGGGGUCCAGAUACGUCCAUCGACACUGAGGACAACACUCAUUUCUUCAUUAACAUCGAUGCCAAGCAAAGGGGCACUGCAGAUACUGGUGAUUCAGGUUGCGUGUUACUGCAUACAUCAAAAAAGUAUGUGAAGCUCAUGAACUUCGAGGAGGAGAUCCGUGCUCACCGUGACCUGGACGGCUUCCUGGCCCGCGCCAGUAUCCUGCUGGGCGAGACUGCUGCCUCGCUGGACGAUGUGCUCAGGGAGAUGCUGCUGCAUGUGGCCCAGGACAACAACGAACCUGACUGCAACUUCGACAGUGUCAUGAGCAUGCUGUUCACAGACGUAUGGAUGCCACCAGGGGGCAAUGUCCAUCUCCUGUCAGAAACAAUUCAAUGUGUGACAGCCACCAUCACAGGGAUUCAGUAUCAGCAGUCCUGGCUCUGUGUCAUCUGCAACACCAAGAACCUUCUGAGGCGACAUGUCUGCAUCUCCCGGCUGGAGCGGCCUCAGAACUGGGGGGAGAACUGCUGUGAAGUCAGAUACGUCAUACUGGUCCUGGCACCACACAAAAUGAAAAGCACCAAGACUGCCAUAGAGCUGGCCCGCACAUUCGCCACCAUGUUCUCUGACAUCACGUUCAGGCAGAAACUGCUAGAGGCCAAAACAGAGGAGGAGUUCAAAGAGGCCCUGGUGAACCACAGGCACCAGCUCACCACCACUCUCCAGGAGCAUGUCUCCGAGGGCACAGACCCACACAGUGAUAAGCCCCUCAGGAGUCCGGACUUCCUCAGGGCUGGCAGAGGGAUUUACACUGACUUGUGUCGCCGGCUGCCUCUUUAUCCUUCAGACUUCACAGACGGAAUAGUUGGGGACAACAAGACUAUCGUAAAGUACAUCACAACAGCCAUCUUUCUCUACAUCGCCAUCCUUCUGCCAGCAAUAGCGUUCGGUUCACUGAACGAUGAGAGCACACGGGGAGAAAUCGAUGUGCAGAAGACAAUCAUUGGGCAAGGCAUUGGCGGAAUUAUCUACUCCCUGUUUUCUGGUUCGCCGUUGGUUAUUCCCUUAACGACAGCCCCUCUAGCUCUGUUUAUCAGUGUGAUCCGAGGAAUCUGUGAUGACUACAGUAUAAACUUCCCUGCUUUCUAUGCUUGCAUUGGCUUGUGGAACAGCUUAUUUCUCAUUCUCGGAGCUGUUUUCAAUGUGAGCCUGGUGAUGAAGCUCUUCAAACGAUCAACAGAAGAAGUAAUUGCACUUUUUAUUUCCAUUGCAUUCGUGGCUGAUGCAGUCAAAGGGACUGUAAAAAUUUUCCACAAAUAUUACCACGAUCCGCAGUUUGAGAAUGGUACCGUGGAUCACGUGGCGAAUAUGACGCUCCUCCCUGGACAUAGCAGUAAUGCCUCCUCUGGGAUACUGGACACGGUGCUGUGCGGACGGGAGAGUGCUGUGCUCAGUCUGCUGCUCAUGCUGGGUACUGUGUGGCUCGGAUACACACUCUACCAGUUCAAAAGAAGCCCCUUCCUCCACGCCAAAGUACGAGAAGUCCUGUCAGACUGUGCCCUGCCCAUCUCCGUCCUGUUGUGCUCCUUCGUGGGAUCCUACCUGUUCUUUGAUAUACACCUUCCAAUCUUCACUUUCCACACCAGUAAAAUGUUCAACGUGGCUCCGCUCCAUGAGCUCUCCCCCAUGAACGUUGUGAGUGCAAUGGGGCUGGGAUUCCUCCUGGCGCUGCUCAUCUUCAUUGACCAGAACAUUGUGGUGUCACUGACCAACGCGCCAGAGAACAGGCUGCUGAAGGGCACGGCCUAUCACUGGGACCUGAUGCUGUCAGGACUCAUUAAUGUUCUGAUGUCAGUCUUGGGGUUGCCAUGGAUGCAUGCCGCCUUCCCACACUCCACUCUGCACGUUCACCAGCUGGCCUGCGUGGAGCAGCGCGUGGAGAACGGACACCUGUACGAGACGAUUGUCAGUGUGAAGGAGACCCGUCUCACCUCACUGGCUGCCAACAUCCUGCUGGGCUUGUCUGUGUUCCUGCUGCCCGUGCCCCUGCAGUGGAUUCCCAAACCCGUCCUGUAUGGCCUCUUCCUUUACAUCGCCCUCACCUCCAUCGACGGUAACCAGCUGUGCGACCGCAUGGCGCUUCUCCUGAAAGAGCAGACCUCCUACCCCCCUACCCACUAUAUCCGGAAAGUGCCCCAGAGGAAGAUUCACUAUUUCACUGGGCUUCAGAUGCUGCAGCUGCUCGUCUUGUGUGCCUUUGGGAUGUACCCCCUGCCAUACAUGAAGAUGAUCUUCCCACUCAUAAUGAUCACACUGAUUCCUGUCAGGAACUUCCUGCUUCCCAAGAUUAUCAACGCCAAGUACUUGGACACAAUGGAUGCACAACACAUGUAAGGACUGCUGGACAAUGACUGGAAUUGGAUUUCAGCUGGAACUCCCAAUACAACAGGGAUUUUACAAGUGCACUUUUUAUAUAUAAUGUUUUCUUUUAGUAACUGAUGGUAUUCACACUGCAGUAAUAGCCUGGGAUGUGUUUUGUAUUUCAUUUGAUUAGAUUGUAUUGUUUACUUUUAAUAUUUAAAGUCUAUACAAAUAUUGUAAA